AUGUCAGCAGAGUCUUCUGGUUCUAAUUCUGAACAGAAAUUAACCUCACAAAGUCCUAACCGCUUAUCCACCGAUGGGAGUGCUAAUUUGAAUGAUGACUUGGCGAAUGGAUCAGAGUAUUCAUCUAGCUCGUUUGUAUCGUUGCCAAACCAUAACUUGCAUAGAAGGUCAGGAUCAGCUGUAUCAUUUAAAAAUAGUGUUGAUGCAGAUAGUAGUUUUCUGUCAUCGGCAUAUUUUCAAAUAUUGAAUAAUCACAACAGCCAGGACGAUGGUAAGAUUAAUGAUAUAUUUUCUCCAUUGGGGCCAAAUUCUAUAUACGAAUUAACAAUUGCAUCAGAUUCAUCGAGAGCUAAAAAGAGUAGAACUCCAAAGAAUACGGUAACCAUAAAUGGUGGGAUAACAACAGUGAGUAACCUAAGAAAUCCGACACUAAAAGAUAUACCGCAGAUUCAACUACUGAAAUUAAAACAGAAAGUUGAAAACAAAGAAUUGGAAUCAUCGUUAAUCCAUGUUUCCGAAGAAGAUUAUAAGAAUUUCGAGCUGAGUUACAAAUUAUUAACUGAAGAUACGCUUCAGAAAUUUAUUGAGCUGGAUAAUAAUAGACAGGGAAAUUUAUCGGCCUCAUCUUCUAUUUCAAAUUUUCCAACCAAGAACAAUUAUGUGUCAUAUGGAGAUGAUGAAAUAUCAUCAAUUCCAAAAGUUUUUCUCGAUUCUAAUUUCAGACUAGAUGACCCUAGAAUAUUCAAACAAGUAAUAGGUGAUUUCAAUCUAUUCUCAGAUAACGAAACACCGGAUGAAAAUGCGAAAUCUAGUUUGGCCAACAAUCAUGAUUUACAAGAAGAGCUAUCUCACUAUUUGGACAUCGUUGAAGUGAAUCUCAUAAAGGAAAUUUCGAAAUCUUCAGAUUCUUUUUUCAAUACAAUCGGUGAUAUAAAGGAAAUACAGUCACAGUCUGAAAGCUGUGCAGUACAGUUCCAUGGUAUAUUAGAUAAAUUACAAUUGCUUGAGGAGAAGGAAUGUCAACGAGGAUUAGACAUUUUAAAUAAAGUUAACGAACGAAAGAACGUUGAACAUUUAGAAUCUUCAUUAUUACAAUUGAAAUAUCUAGUAUCAAUCAUCGAUUUGGCUAAAAUAUCUUUUGAUAACGGCAAUCACUCAAAAUGUUUGAACGAAAUUGUUGUUGCUGAACAUUUGAUGACAGGAAUAGAAUUAGAAGAUCCUGACGAGGAUAAACUAGUAUUAUAUCCAGAUUUGCCAUACGCAGCAUUAGAUCUUUCCAAUUUGUCAGCAAUCUCAAACUUGAAGUCAGAUAUACAAGAUUUAAAACAAGAAUGCUCGAAAGGAUAUAUUAGUGCAUUCAUAGAUUUGCUUUUGGAAGAUUUACGCCAACACUACAAUAAUGUACCAUAUGAAGACACUUUAAAUAGAAUGGCGACUUUCAUCGAUAAAUCCAAAAAACAUGGCACGAAGUCCUUAAAUAAAUCUUAUCAAUCGAUCUCAGAAGAUAAAAAGGAAAAGUUUAAGGAAUAUAUUACUAACUUGGCGAAAUCUGGACAUUUAUCUCAAUCAUAUGCAAAUUAUCAGGAUAGAUUAAUCACAGAAAUUAAAGAUAUUAUAAAAGUCAAUUUACCUAGUACUGGUAAACUGGGUGUUUCACUGGCUGAUAUGUCCAAUGUUCCUUCAAGGUCUUCUUCGGUUCCACCAGAAUCAAAUAAUAACUUGUUGCAACCAGGUAGUGGAGUUUCAGGCAACAGCUUAUCAUCAAACAUAAGAUGUAUGACACCAAAAGAAUUUGAAACCAUGCUAACAAAAAUAUAUACUAGUUUAUCGGAAUGUUUGCGACGUCUUACUGUUCAACAGAAGAUACUACUCGAUUUUGCACUAACAGCUAUCCCUCCAAAUUCUGAAGACAAUUUAGAUGUUAUGUCUUUGGAUAUAACCUUUGCCAUUAAUAAAUCAAUUGAAUUGACCCAAAUUCGAUUGACUAAGAUUAUCAAUGUUCGACUGGAACAAACCGCUGAAGCUUCGCUCGAUCAUUAUUUACGCUUAUAUGCUCUUUCUUCUGCAUAUUUACAGGAAUGUGAAUUGAUUAAUCCAGGAUAUGUUGCUAGCGGUGCAGGUAACUCUUUGAAUGACUGGGUCAAGAAUCAUAUUGGUUACUUUAUCCAUAAAUUUCAUCUGAACUCUUUAGCAAUGCUAGCAAAUAACUGUGAUAAAGAAGUUUGGAGAGAGAUAACUCAGGAGGAUGUCUUGCAGGAGCAUCAAGUACUAAUAGACGAAAUUUGUGGAUAUGCAGAAUAUAUUGAGACUGAUGGCAAGAGCGGAUUUUCUGGUGAUUCUUGGAUGUCCGUGCUAGACUUACAUGAAACUGCAAAAGAAGAUAAGGAAAAUAGUUCCAAAUCUAGUAAGCCACUUGAUGGUAGAUUAAUAAUACAUAACGAAUCAUUCAUGAUUCCAGAAUUAACUUUAAAAUCCUUAGUAACUGUCAGAGAGUAUCUUAUUAUCUCCAAAGUAUUCUCAAAUAAAAGUUCGGUCAUCGAAAAUAACCUAUUGAAUUACUUUAAAUUAAUGAAUUCUAAAACAUCGCAGGCAGUUUUAAAUGCUGGAGCGACUAGAACUGCAGGACUUAAGCAUAUUACUACCAAACAUAUUGCAUUGUGUAUCCAACUAGUUGAAUUUAAUAUUGCGUUGUUAUCUUCUUUACAGGGCAUAUCCAAACAAAUGAGAAAUCUUUCACCUCCACCUAAUUCACAUGAAGAAAUCAGCUUUGCUAGAAUUUUGAGUAAUUAUAAGGAUCAUGAAAACGAGCUUUUCUCGAAAUUGGUAUCUAUCAUGUACGAUCGUACUAUAAAUCAUUGUGCAACAAUCGUCACUAUUAACUUGUCAGAACCACUCAAGCACCCCCAACAAUGUCAUCUGUAUAUGGAAACAUUAGUCAAGGAAACAACUACUGUUACCAAAGUACUCACAAAGUAUUUACCUGAGAUAAAGUGCUCAUUGAUUCUUCUGCAGAUAUUUGAUAACUAUAAGAAACUUUUAGUCGACUGCUUUUGUACACAGUUAUCGCAAUUUAAGGAUUUUAAUGAAAAGCACUCCUUGUUGAAGGAUAUUGAUUAUUUUAGGGUAAAAUUGUCUGAAAUACCAGGCUAUGGAAAUUCUGGUCAAGUGAUUUGGGAAAAUGUGAACUCUUUGCCAACAAUUGAAGAUACAAAAAUGGAGCAAGUAAUGAGAAACAAUAUUGAAGGAGAAAGACAGCAAAAUACUAGUACGCAAGCUUCUCAAAGAAAUUCAUCAGAGAUUGACAACGAACCCGAUGAUGUAACAGAUCAAAACAACAAUAAAAAUAGCGAUGAAAAAGAGGACUCCCAGGUUAAAAAAUGA